AUGGCAUACCAAUUCUCCAGAAAGGGUUGCUUCAAAUGUGGCAACUUGGGACACAUUGCUGAGAACUGCUCUUCAGAGCAGCGUCUCUGUUAUAACUGCAGGCAGCCCGGACAUGAAUCCUCUGCUUGCCCCUCUCCCAGGACCGCUUCCGCCAAGCAAUGCUAUAACUGCGGCGGCGUGGGCCAUAUUGUUGCUGAGUGUCCGAGCUUGAGGGUUCAGCAAGGUAAUAAUCAGAAAUGUUAUAAUUGUGGGCGGUUUGGUCAUAUUGCCCGUGUUUGUCCGAACGGAGCCGUGAAAAGCGAAGGAGCAUUUACUUCACGCCCUCCUCACGGUCGCACACUCAAUACCUCGACUCUGCCUCCUAUUCAUUGCUUCAAGUGUGGUCUUCUAAAUCAUCGGGCCAAGUCUGUCCUUAUCAAAUUACUUCUCCAGCUCCUUUUCACUCAUCCUGUUUGCACAGGGAUUGUCUGGCUGCUGGUCCUAGCAUUGGUGAUGUUCCGACCGGUCCUGCAGCAAUGA